UCCAAAGCCGCGUUCACCCGAUUUCCUGCUGAAAAGGAUAAGAGUGUUGCAUUCUGCAGUGAAACUGCAUGGGUAAAGAACAACAUGGAGCGAGCGAUGAAAAUGCAUCCGGCAUCCGUUCAACGAGAGACAGACAGCGUAUCAAACUCCACCGUAGAAAGCAUUUUUGCGGCCGAUAUGACAACGGAGGGAAACGGUUGUCGGACAUCACGUCUUCUAGAACGGAUCGCACAAUUCGCACCGAAGGAUGUCUUUUACGUGGACGAACUGAUCGUACCUGUUGGUGGCGGUGCAGAAAUGCAGUUUCGGCAACAGCUGAACAGCCUUUUAGCCACAAACAUGGAUGGCAGCCUCAAGUUGCCGUUGUUGGUCUUUGGUGACAGCAUACAACAGAAUACCCUCCACGAGAUGGGAGAGCUACCCGUCGUUUACCUGAAGCAAAAGACGACACUGUCCACACAAGAGGCGCUUCCACAGUGGCUGCAUAUGGUGGAUCAUAUGUUUGCGAGGAUAGCCAAGGAAGUGCUAAUGAUAAUUCGAGAGGCCACAGUUGCUGGUUCGAUGAUCCUGCAGACCAAAUUUACUUCGCUGACACUGCACAUCCUGCCAACGAAGGAGCAUUUGAUUGAGAAAUCGCUUAGGCAAGGGAUAACAGAAACUCUAAAGGCCUGCUAUGAACAUAUUGUAAACCAGCAGCAGCAGCAGCAGGUGGCGCCGGAGCUUGCACUUAAAGAGUCGGUGUUCACAUUGCACCGCUGCUGGAAGGAGGAAUUGAAACCAUCCACCAUCUGGAACUCUUUCGUGGAAGCUGGAAUAAUCGAUUCAAUCAAAGGCCAACCGGGUUUAAUUGAAAGUACGACACCGUUGAAUUCAGAAAGCGAACCCUAUUGUUCGAAUUCUGAUUGUGGAAGCAGUUCUUCAGCGUAUGAUAUCUGGAACUUAGGAGACGAAGACAUUGAGGUGCUUGAUACGGACAGUGAAGACGAUUGGCAGGGCUUUCCGGAUGCGGAAAUCGAAUCACGAUCAACACAUACCGUAAUAGAGGAUCGCUCAAGCAUCGAACGUGCUGAAGAUAUCCCUCCUGAGCCUGAAACUGAAGUUAUGCUUCAGGCAAGUAAAUUAAUGGAAACGGCCAAUAUCCAGGACAGCGAUUUGCAGGGCUUUUCGGAUGCGGAAAUCGAAUCACGAUCAACACAUAACGUAAUAGAGGAUCGCUCGAGCAUCGAACGUGCUGAAGAUAUCCCGCCUGAGCCUGAGACUGAAGUUAUGCUUCAGGCAAGUAAAUUAACGGAAACGGCCAAUAUCCAGGACAGUGAAGGCGAUUUGCAGGGCUUUUCGGAUGCGGAAAUCGAAUCACGAUCAACACAUACCGUAAUAGAGGAUCGCUCGAGCAUCGAACGUGCUGAAGAUAUCCCGCCUGAGCCUCAGACUGAAGUUAUGCUUCAGGCAAGUAAAUUAACGGAAACGGCCAAUAUCCAGGUUGACAUGGCGCUGGAUAUCGUUUACCGACGAUUGCUGCAGCUGAAAGGAGUUUCCGCAAGCGUAUUUGAAAAAUUCUUCAAAUUAGAACAUUUUGUGAAACAACAGCAAACAAGCGAAAAGGAUUGCGUUCGAAAGGGGCCAUAAUAUGAAGUAUGUAUCACCCGUGCUUUACGGUGGUAAAACACAGCAUCGACGUAACUGUUAGGCGCACUGGAUGCAAAUGCAUAGCUUUACUUUAUUGCAAUAAGACGAGCGUAUUUAAUCACAAUGAAAAAGUAGUGAAAUUAUAGACAUCUAACAAGGAA